CAGCCGCUCAAACUUCAGGAAACGCUGGAAUUGUGCCUUAUGUGAAUGCAUCAGAUGAAGUGCGAAUCCUGAAUCAGCAGAAUGUGAGGCCCAGAGAUGAGCAGUAGCUACUGCAACAACACCUCAGUGACCAUGAGCGUCAAUGAGGUGUCCAGUUUCCCGCUGACCCUGGAGCAGAAAACCGGUUUCGCCUUUGUGGGGAUCCUCUGUGUCUUUCUGGGACUUUUGAUCAUCCGAUGCUUCAAAAUCUUAUUGGACCCCUACAGCAGUAUGCCUUCCUCCACCUGGGAGGGCGAAGUUGAAGGGCUCGAUAAAGGGACAUUUGAAUAUGCUCUUGCAUGAAACAAAAUCCUCAAAACAUGUCCUGCCUUAAUCCCAAUUUCUUUUCUUUUUCCCCCCCCGAAGUGGUGGAAUUGGAAACAUUUGUAAUUGACAGCCAUGUUUGGAAGCUGUGGCGGUAGAAUUUUUUUGGUUAAAUAAAGCUUUGUG